AUGGCGGAUCAAUUGAUCUGGGAAAUGACUCAACAAGUAUUUUCCCCUCUUUCUGUUUUAUCAUGGUUUGUGCCCUCAUUGCCUGGGCCGAAGCUACAUCUGGUGAAGACAAGGUUGACGUCCUCAAAAAUCUUACUUGAAUCCAAAGGACCUCUUACUGAUGAGCAGACUGACAAAGAAUUGCUUUGCGGUAACUGGUUGAUGUUGGUGAAAUCUAAUGGUGGGGAACAACAGAGAAUAGUGCUUGGUCUCGUCCCGUUACAACCACAGGAUGAACAGAAACUUGAUGAAUCAAUCCGUCGUGGUGGAAGUACAUUAGAGCCGUCAUCAAUAAUGCAAUUAAUUGUUGGGCUACAAUCAGAUCCUAUCAAACGGAAGCGUAUUGUGCGCUUAUCUGAUGCUAUUUGUAAGGAUCUGACUAUUCCUGACGUUAAGAAGGCAGAAGAGUGA